AAAUGUAUUAUGCCAUUAUAUUAAUAAAAAUUCAAAUUAAAAAUACAUUAAAAACAACGUGAAAAUAGAGAAUCUUUGAUUAUAUAAUGAAAUUUACAUUGAAAUAGGAAUUAAUAAUCUCUAUCCAUUGUAAAAUAUCAUUUGGCACAAAUGACUUUUUUUUCAGCAUUACCUAUCUCCUGCUUAUCUAAAAAGAUGGAAAAUAUCACUUCGUACCUUUAAUAUAGGGUAUAAAUGUUGUAGAAACUGAAUUAGUAUGAUUUAUUUUCAGGUGAAAAAUGAGAUAACUACCAUGAGUGAGUCUGAUGACUUCACUCUGUCAUCUGAAAUAACCUGUGGAGGAUGGGAGCUGUCUGGUCCGGACUGUGAUGACAUCUUGGUGUUACUCAAGCAACUUAGACUGAAGUACAAUGAUCCUGGUAGGAUAUUGAAAAUCCAAGAUACACUUCAUGCAUAUAAAAAAGUAUUAAAACUUAAAUGUAGCCACUAUGAAGCCCUGAAAGAAAAAACUGAACACAUGAGAAAAAAUAUUAGUAUACUACACAAAGAGCUAUCAGAAGAAGAGCAUGCAAAAGUAGAACAGGAACAGGAACUCCGCAAUUUGAGGCUUUACAGGAACGAAAUGAUACCCUGAGAAAGCUUUCUGAAGAACAAAGUGCCAGAAUAUUACAAGAUGAAAUUCUGGAAAAUCAUCUUUCCAAGCAAAAGGAAAUGGAGAUAUCAAAAGCUAAAAUGAGUUCUGAGAUAGAACUGGGAUGUGUGCCAAAUUCUAGCCACUGAAAGCUCUCCAUAAAGCUUUCCUAAAGCAGCCCACCGUGACCUCUUGCUGUGAAUGGUUUGGGAUUGACGUGGGAGCCUUGACUUCAAGUAGUCUGGUAUUUUUCUUUUCAGAUUGGAAAGCUUAAUCAUGCACAGUGAGAGCUGUAUCAGUUUCCAACUUCCUAAUCCAGGAGGUAUCAUUUGCCUUAUGCACCAAGAUGACGGACCACCAUUGAAUUCUAAUAUAAAUAAGUUAUAAGUUAUUAGGAGCAGAGGAAAUACUGUUGGGCAGAAGUGGAGAAAGUUCCAUGAAAGUUAGGGGAUAUAUUCUGGUUUUCUGUGGCCUCUCUUUCCUUAUUAGUGGCAGAAAGAAUGACUCAAUGUUAAAUUGUAGAGAAUAACCCUUCCAGUCUUAUGCUACCUGUAGAAAAGUUCAAAUAUUAUAAGAGCACAAUUAUUAUUAUUAUUAUUAUUCCACAAUAACCCUAAGGCUAGUAGAACCCUGCUCACAUUGGACUGUUUAAUUUUAUCUCCCAAUACUUUGGUGAGGGAGUUAAUGCAAUUAUUUCCACUUAACAAUGACAAAACUAAAACAUAACAAAGUUAACUUGCUCAACCUCACUGCUGGGUCAAGAAUUCAGACCUGACAUGCAGGCCAUUUUGAACAAACUGCCUGUCAUACUUUUCUAUAACACGUCUAUUUGUCACUUAAAGCACUGUGUUAUUAACAUCUGCAAUAUAGCUGUGAUCAUUUAUCUUCUUGAGGUUUGCAAAUCAUCCUUGAUGAGAUGAUGCUAGGAAUAUAAAAUAUAAAUUCUUACUAUAUGGGACUGUCACUUUCCCUCCUUUCAUCAAUAUUGUAAAUAUGAGUGUCUGAAAAAACAUAAUUUUAAAUGAAAAUAUGCUGCAGUCCCAUAGCCAUAAUAUGUAUAUACAUAUACAUAUACAUAUAUAUGUAUCAUGAUCAAU